UAUCUUUAUUUAUUCUAAAAACCUAAGAAAAAUUACUCUAUCAGUCCCCUCGCAGCCGCACUCGGAGAAAAAACAAUGGCGACUUCUUCGUCGUCCUCUUCUGGUCGCGAAUUCGAACUAGAGAAGGAGAUAAAGAGGCAAGAGGUUUCGUUGGAUGAAUUGAGCAGUCUCUCUUCUUCUCGACGUGUCUACCAGAAAAAUUGCAACCUCUUCUUCCUCACUACAUCUGAGAAAGCGAAAACCUCUGCGCAGAAACAGCUCGACUCCGCGAAAUCUCAAAUCGACAAGAUUCGUUCGCGGACAUAAAAACAAUUUGGAGAGCUUUGUAGUUGCUGAAAAGACCAAGAAAAGUUCUCGAUUUAGAGAAGCUUACCUGUCUCUUCUUCUUUGAUGUAAUGUUCCCCUUCAACUUGAAUUGCUUGUAAAUUUCUUGAUUUUGAUAUGAAAAUUAGCUAUUCUGAUACCAAUUGGGUAUUGGUGCAAAGAUCAUUUACUUUUACUUUGAGAGAUUGACUUAUCUGAAUAAGCUGAUCCAUCAUGUAUUGAGGCUACUGAUUCUUUGGUGCGAAGAUCCUUCAUCCUUGCCUUGGCUUA